CGCAUACAGCCGUGUCAGUGCGACGGCGGUGCACCUUUUUUCCUCUGCUGUUCCACACACACACACACACACACAGUUCCACACGCACCAACACCCAUUCACCGCGACCACCAGCCAGCCGGAUAGUUGUCGACGAUGGAGCUUGAGCUGCCGACCGUGAGCGCGGAGACGCGCGUGGAGCUGGAUGUUGGAGGCGUGGUGUACCGCACCACGGUGCCAACGCUGACAACAGGCAGGGCCGAUGGGAGCCGAUUCGCAGCCACGUUUUCCAAGGAGGCUGCGGUGUACUCUGCCACGGGCGGGUACGCGUUCUUCAUCGACCGAGACGGUGCCGCCUUCGAGCAUGUGCUGCACUGGCUACGCACCGGCGUUGUGCGUGGCGCCGUCGCAGAACACCACAGCAUGCGUGAGCGCGUGCAAGCCGAGGCAGAGUUUUUCAACCUGCCGGCGUUGACCGAAGCACUGGAGCAGCUGCGGCGGAAGCCACCACAGCUGUCCCAGACCCAGUUCAUGCAACUGUACAACAGCGGCUUGGGCCAAUCGUGCUCCACGACGAGCAUCGUCUUCAACGGCCUCAACCUCUCUGGGUUGGACCUGGGUGACCUUGACUUGCGCGGCUGCAGUUUCGUGCGCUGCGACCUCACCAACACAAACCUGGGCAACAGCAACCUUUCCCAGGCCAAGCUUGUCGAGGCAACCCUCACCAAUGCCACCCUCGCGGGCGCUUGUCUCGCCCACUCCAACCUUUCAAAGUGCAACCUCCGUGGCACUGACCUCCGAGGCGUCGAUCUGACGCAUGCCGACAUGCGCGACUGCCAGCUGCAACGGGCAGACCUUCGAGACGCAACAGUGAAGAGCGCCAUCAUGCACGGCGCGGACCUGACCGGUGCCCGUGUGAGCAAUGCCACCCUCAACUUUGGCAGCUGCAGCGCGUGCAAGAAAAAGAAUACGAUGGAAAUGCACAUGCAGAGGCAGCCACAGCAGCAGCAGCAGCAGCCGGGCCUUCAUGGCGCAACGCUUGUUGAUGCAGAUUUGAGUUUUUCCACAAUCAUCGAUGGCGACUUUGCCAACGCAAACCUGACAGGUGCAAACCUCAGCGCUGCGACGCUUCGGCAGUGCACGCUCAAAGCCGCCAACUUAACACGCGCACGACUGACCGGCGCAAGUGUCCAGCAGUCCACCAUGACCGCGUGCACCUUCACGGACGCAGACCUCACGAGCGCCACCGUGAGGCAGUCAGACAUGACGGGUGCCGUCUUGCAGAACGCCGUGUUUACCAACGCUACAUUCCCCAACACGAAGCUCUGCGCCUGCGACCUCACCAACACCGAUCUCUCUUCCUUCAGCCUCAAAGAAGCGGAUCUGUCGCGUGCACUGCUGCCUCCCGUGUGCGCCGACAUCAACUUCAGCGACUGCACGCUCGCUGGGUGCGACGUCAGCGGGUUUGACAUGAGCAACUGCAACUUCGAGCGCGCGCGCCUGGACGACGCCGUCAUGGUGGGAACCAUUAUGACACACGUCGACCUCCGCAGGGCUUCCUGCGCACGUGCAGACAUGCGUGACGCCAAUCUCUCCCACGCGACCAUGGGCGACGCAACCUUCACCAACGCUGACAUGACAGGUGCAGACCUGAGCGGCGCCGUGCUGCUGUCACCAAACGCGCGUGCGUCCAAGGGUACAGUUGAGGAUGCAUUUGAGAGCGCGUUCCCGACCCAGGAGAAGGGCGCUUUUAAGGGUGCAGUGUUGCGGGCGGUGCUGCUGCAAGGCGCCGAUUUGCAGCACAUCAACUUCAACCGCUGCGACCUCACAGGCGCAAACCUGAGCAAGGCGAACAUGCACGGUGCAAAUCUGUGCAGGGCCAACCUGACACGCGCCAACCUAACAGGUGCCACUCUCACGCACGCGUACAUGAAAAUGGCGGUGGCGACAGAGGCGGACAUGUCCGCAGCCGCGCUCGACCACGCCGACAUGCACGCGUGCAAUCUCGAGGGCGCUGUGCUCAGCGGCGCAAGCAUCAAGGCCGCCAAGCUGACCAGCGCAAAGCUGAACGGUGCGGAUUUGACCGCGUGCAAUUUGGAGCAGGCAGCGCUGUCUGGCGCCAACCUGACGCGCGCCAACCUGACCGGUGCCACCGUGUCGCGUGUGAAGAUCAGCGCCAAGACGGUCGUGGACGAGGCACAGCUGCCGGACGAGUGGCCGAAGGCGCCGACGAUGAAGUCGUCCAAGCAUGGACGGCGCGACAAGUAUGGUGAUACCUGGUACUUGGAUGGCCCACCGCCAUAUUCGGCGUUUAACACACAUGACAACGGCGUGCGCAACGUGCCAAGUUUUCGUGGAUUAAACUGAUGGCACCGCGUGUGUGCGAGUGUGGUGCGUGUUUGCCUGUGUGCGUCUGAAUCUCUAUGUGUUCGCGUGCGUUGUUUGCGUGUUUUCAUCUUCAUGUGUUUGCGUGUGCAAUGUGCAUAGCUGUGCUGCCUACUGUUCCUGACCACACACGAUUCUUUCUGCGUGAUAAACAUCGU